UGGCAGCGGACAUGCAGGGGGAGAUGUGCACACAAGCCGCAGGCUAAACAGAUUGCAACUCUUUUUUCUUUGACUCGGCCACGGCAGCGUUUUACAUCCACAACUUCUUUUUCUUCCUUCUUUUUUUUUACUCUUUUAAACUUGACGACGUCAAGUUUUGCGCGGAGUUGAGACGCAAAACGGGACGAUAACGGUGACACCCUGAACUACAAUAUAAUGAUAGACCAUCCCUGAGGACACAUCGCACUGAGCUUCUAACAUUUAUUUUCACCUUUAUCGUAAUUGGCGUUUAUGGCGCGUAUUCAGUCGUUUUAGUUUCUUAAAAUUUUACGUUUUCUCCAAAUUUCGGACCAAUCAGCUCUUACAGGGCUUAUUUUUUUCUCAAAGUGGCAACAUUUACAAGUAUAUCUAAUUAUUUUAACUGUUAGCCAUCAUACAUGACUUCAAACCCACCGUCACUGGACGAACCCUCCGCAUUUUGCAACACUUUUUCAUGCUGUCAUCCAUUAUUGGAGACUUCACUGUGCCAUCCAUUUAACGCGCGUUCUCAACCGCAGCAGUAAUGCAGCACGAGCGCCUGCUCAAAGUGUUGGUCAUCGGUGAUCUCGGAGUCGGUAAAACGUCCAUCAUAAAGCGCUACGUGCACCAGGUCUUCUCCCAGCACUACCGGGCCACCAUCGGGGUGGACUUCGCCCUCAAGGUGCUCAACUGGGACCACAAGACGGUGGUGCGUCUGCAGCUGUGGGACAUCGCCGGGCAGGAACGCUAUGGCAACAUGACCCGUGUGUACUACAGAGAGGCUGUGGGGGCCCUCGUCGUCUUCGACAUGACCAGACUGUCCACGUUUCAGGCCGUCCUCAAGUGGAAAGGAGACCUAGACUCGAAGGUCGCCCUGAGCAAUGGGAGGCCAGUUCCAGCUGUUCUGUUGGCCAAUAAGUGCGACCAGCGUCGUCACGGUUUGUGCCCCAAGCUUCCCAAACUUGAGAACUUUUCCAGAGAGUAUGGAUUCGUUGGCUGGUACGAAACCUCUGCCAAGGACAACACCAACAUCGACGCAGCCAUCACGUGUUUGGUGAAAAGCAUCAUGUCUGUGGAGGAGGAAAGAGCCUCGAGUGAGGCCAACAACCCAGCUGCUAAAAGCGAACCAGAGGGCAGCGUUCUUGUUCUGCCUCGCUUCGAUUACAAUGUGAAGGAGAAAGGACUCAGUGGAUGUUCAGGAUGCACCUCGUUUAAACCCAGAGACAGAGACAUUGACUGAAGGAGGGAGGGAUGGGUCUGAACCAAGAGACUGGCAGGAGACAGAGAGAGGAACGUGAGGACUACUUUGUUGAAUAAUUAAUAUGUUGUAACUUAAAGUUGCAUCCUCUCCCUCGGCCUUCACAAAUGCAUUUCCUCAGAGAUGUCAGGAGACAGUUUUACAGUUCAGGAUCUGAAUGUAAACCAACAAGAUCUGAAAAAAAUAAAAGAUCCAGCAAACACCGUUUCUUCAAAUAAUGAAAUGACUUUAUUUUUGAUGAAUAGAGUCAGAAACGUGUUGAUAAAAUGGUUUAUGGGUUUAGAAAGAAAAAAAUACAUUUGUCGAGGUCACAGUGACAUUUGCAAAGCGAAACAUUUAUUUGCAAAACAUUUCUUAAGAAGCUCAAUUUCCUGUUUCAUACUGACAUGUUGGAAUUCAAUACUGUCACUGAACCACAAGUUGAAAAACUAAUUGUAAAGCGAUUCUUGCCUGAACAUCUUAAAGGUCUUUUCUUUUUGUUUGUUUUGAUGCUUUUGCUGGAGAUAAACAGACUGCAGAUGUUACUGUGCUUUGAAUGUGACAAAAACAGCAGCAACAACAUCAAGCAACAUCUGUUCAAUUCAAAAGACAGUUGUUUUUUUUAAUUAUAUUUCUAGGCUUUUGUCUAAAUGAACCUCUAAGGUUAUAUUUUUUUCUAUAUUUGUCAGCAGGGUUACACAGAAAGUACUGAACCUGAGCUUGGUGGAGGGACGGGGCGUGGACCAGGGAAGAACCCGUUAAAUUUGGGGGCAGAUCCUGCUAUGAUUUUCAGUCUGGUGUCUGUUCGACACUGGCCUUGGCGGAGGCAUGCGCUCUACUGAGUGAGUUACUGUAUUUAGCAGCAGCUGUUGUGGCACAGUGCCAUGUAAGCAGCUAUUUCACUUAUUGUUGAUUUAUUGAUAUUUUCUAUAAGAUCAUUUAAAGGAGGUUUGCUUUGUAUCUAGAGUUUAAGUGAAGAGUAUUUAACUGUCACAAGUUGGCCUGAUGAGUUUCAGACUCACUAAAGCUUCAGAAGGAAAAGUGUUAAGUUUGUCAAAGUGCAUCUGACGAGCUAACAAACAGUUCGGGGCUUUUGUUUAAAGGUGAUAAUGACUUGCAGUGACAAACAAACAUGCAGUAUGGUAUUUUUAAACAUGAUUACGUAUGUGUGUGUGUGUGUCCAUUAUCUCUCCCUCUCCUCUCCUUCAUCAUCCCUCUCACGGACUUUGUCUUGAAUGUUCACCGCUGACACUAUUUUGUUGAUGUUAUUGUUUGUCACUAUCAGUGGAAAAUGCUAAAUAUCAAUUUGCAUAAUGUUUAAGCAGCAGCUUCUGCUGAGUUACAGAAGAUCGGCUGAGGUCAUAAAGUCGCCUUUUGAAGUUUCUGACCACUAGAGGCACCGUGGAGCAUUGUUGUCUGAGGUCAGUUUGCUGUUAUACAGUUCUGCUAAUUCAGACACAAAAAGGCUAAUUACUUUUUUGCCUUUCUUUCAAAGUUCUACAGAUUUGAGCACUGAGUGAUAAAUCAUUGAAUUUUCAGUCACUCUGCAGUUUUUAAAUGUCACAUUCUUCAAAGAUCACGUCAAUCUUCUGCUGUUUUAGCUCAAACAUGAACAAACAAUCUCCUGCUUUCCUUUUUUAAAUUCCUUAAACCUUUUACCACUUUCUUGCUUUUCUUAAAAGUAAAAUAAAAGUACACAUGUCCAGUAUUCACUCACUCUGUGACUACAGAAUAAGAAUGAAUUCCUCUCCUGCCAUUUUCAUUUUCACUGAUUUCAUUGUGUUUUUCUUUGUCCUUUUUUACUCUCUGUUCUCCGUCUCACAGUUGUAUUGCACUGAAAUUAAAAGCUUGAAAGCCCGACCUAAUUAUAUGGAAGAUUGUCAAAAGCAGCAUGUGUGUGUGUUUUUGUGUGUUGCUCAGUUGAUCUCUGUACUUACUGUUCCGCCUGAUGGGCAAUGCACUAUAAUUUUGCGCCCACCCAUGUGAAUAUACCCAUUCACUGUGUCAGAAUAUGGAUAAUACUCACCUUCUCUUGGAGAGAGUGUUUCUUUUUUCCAUCACUCUGCCUCAUUCUUGCAGCAGCAUGUGCUCACAGUCCACCCUCAGUCUGAAAAGGUUUUGAGUGUAAUAAACGCUGUGCAGGAAAGCAAUCAGUCGAAUUUUGGGGCGAAAGUGCCACUGGUAAAAUUACCUGACACGUGAAAGAACACAGAAGUCAAAAACAUCCACGAGUCCCCGGGAGAUCUCCCAGCGUGGAACUCAGAGGCAGCACUGGAAAGAAAAAUGGCUUGUUAGGAAAGUGUCUGCCCCACUGAGGUGUACACUCAUUUUACAGUAAACUGCAAAACAGUGUCUUGGACAUGGACAUUUUUUUUCUUCCUUCCUGGCAGAAAUUCGCAAUCUCUAACCAAUAGAAGUGUCUUAUUCCCACAUUGACCUUUGUGUGCUUGUGUGUGCCUUUUCUGUCCUCUUUCUCGUCUCAGACCAUAAUUUUCAGUCUUCUCUUCACACCCCAAUAACUUUUUACAA